UUUAACUAUAAAUUACCAUAUUCUGUCACCGACAUGUUCUUCUCCGGGUCAGUCAUUUGAUACCAAUAUAUUCUUGUAAGUGAGGUUAAGUGAGGUUUACGAAAAUAAAUAUUAUAUAUUUUUGGUGAACUUUUUCAAGAAAGUGGAAAAAACAUUUAUCCGGCUCAAUGGACAAAGAAAAAAGGGGAGCGAAUUUUACAAAAACUGAAAUUGAUUUGUUAAUUGACGUUACAUUAAAAUAUAAACAUAUUGUCGAAAAUAAAAAAACCGAUGCAACAACAUGGAAAGACAAAAAUGAAGCUUGGGAGAAAAUUUCCAACGAAUUUAAUGCUGCAUCAGGAAAUUUUCCUCGCUCCAUAAAAACGAUUCGUUUCAAAUAUGACACAAUAAAAAAAAGUAUUCGCAAAAAAUGCUCGUUGCUCAAAAGCGAACAAACAAAAACUGGUGGUGGUCAGUGCGCAGUGACUUUGACUCCAAGUGAGGAGAAAGUAUUUUCAUUAACACCAAACACCAUGGUGGGUCUCAAAUCCAGAUUUGACAAUGACUCGGAAGCAUGUACAAGUAAUGUAAAACAGUGGAUGACACAACAGGAUGUAGAAGAUGAGUCAGAACUUCGUGUUACGGAAGAUCUCAUUGAAUUCCUUGAAGAUGGAGAUGAUAGUUAGUAUUUAAAAGUAUGAACACUCUCUAUAUAUAUAUAUAUAUAUAUAUAUAUAUAUAUAUAUA